CUGCUCCACAGUUAGAUUUCACCGCUUGGCCGGGAAAAAUGUUGCCUAAAGUAUCUCUGCUCUUGCUGAGCUGUGUGCUCCUGAGUGCCUACGCGAGUGGCCACCAGGAGCUGGACAACCUGCUAAUGCAGCAGCAGAAGGACUUGCAGCUGUCCAGCUCUGAGGUCGAGGCUCUGCGUCCCCUCUAUCGCGAGCUCCAAUCCCAGUACGACUAUCUGUACAGCCUGAAGCUACAGCAAGGGGAUGGAAGUGCUCAGAGCGAGGCGGUGACCGAGCCUCAAAUGGAUGCCAGCUACCUCCAGGUGUUCGAGGAGCUCCGCAGUCAGUUCUCGAUCUAUGUGGAUGAAAAGCCAAAGAUUGUCUACGACACCUCGCUGCCCACGGUGGAAGAACUGAUUGGAAAACCCAGUCCGGACUUGACUAAAGAACAGCAAGCGGAGUUUGAAGAUCUGCGGGACAUCUUACAGGACGUGAUCGACGAGGCUCAGGAGGGAAUCGAUGAACUGGUGAUGCGCGCCAUUGAUCUGGAGACCAAUCUGCUGACUAUUAACAAGCCAAAGAUUGUCACGGCUGCGAUUGGAGGCCUGGGAUUUAUGUCCAAGUACUGGGGUUUUGCAGAGAUGGCCGCAUACUGCAGCUACUCGCAUGUGCCCCAGUUCAAGCAGGCUCUGCAAGCCGUCAGCGAUGGCGUCGACUGCUACACCUACACCACGGUGCUGGUGCUGCGCAUCCAGCACGAGACGGUGGCCUCCGUAAAGGAAAUCCGGCAGAGUAUCCGUGGCUUGGUGAACAUCUACAAGAAGAUUGCCGCCAAGCAGACAACUAUGGGAAGGAUACUCUCGGGCACCAUUAAUGCCCUGAGUGCGAUCCGUCGUGUCCAUGACAUCAUCGCCGUUGGCAUCGAGGGCUAUGGCAAGCUGAACAACGAGCUACCAGGAGCCGCCCUCAAGUCGGCCCAGUGUGGCGUGGAGUUUGUCAACAGCAUUCCACAAAUGGUAGAGACGACACAGAACCUGACCGCUUGUAUCGUUUACGUGGAUACGGACAAGCCGAGCUACGAGUUUACUCUACCGGAAGAGGAUCGUUAUUGGAACACGGGCGCAGAGCCUCCAGAAAUACCCUAUGAGAAUAGUGGGGAUGAGGAUGAUGAAGACGAGGAUUUGGAAAAUGUGGAUGACUAUGUAGAUCACAGGUAGUGGAGGUGCGUGCGGAUUUCGGCGAUGCCCCUCGCUGUCGCGAUCGAUAAGGCAAUUAUGGUUGAUAGGAAUAAACUUGAGAUUGAUAAAACGCGA